CUUUUUCUUCAUUCAGAAUCCUUUAUUACAUAUUAUGGAUUACGAAGAUUCUUUCCCCAGUGCUCCCGUACGGUACGCUUUCGAUGAUAGUGAUGAUGAUAUUGACAGUUCUGAUUUAUCUACAGCAACACCUCCCAACAAUCUUUCUAUUGGUUUGGUAGAACCUUUACCUCAAAAGCCAUGUACUCUUGUUCUUGGUGUGCAUGCUGGUGCUUCCUAUCUCAAUGCUCUCAAUACUACUGUUAUUGGGCAUAUCACAUCCGAGGAACAAACUUCUAAAACCAAAACUGAAGCUGAUAUUUCAACAACAGAUGAUAUCGCAUGUAUCUCUUUCCCACAAGUAGAAGCAAAAGAUUCUCAUAUGUUUACAAAGUUGGUUUUUGAUCUUCCUGGUUUACAAAUUGAAAAGGUUAUUUUAUUGGAUUCAUUUGUCUCUACAGAUUAUACAAACCAUGUCUGGGGUGAGAAUGUCAGUCCACCUUUUCUUCGAGUGUUACAAACAUCAUCCACGAAAAAGAUACCCGAGAUAAAUACAUAUGAAGCACCAAAUCUCGUCAAGGAUCUAUCAGCUGCUUUGUUAGCCCAUUGUGAAAUGCACGGUAUUCCUUGUUAUGCUUUCUUUAGUUUACAAGAAUCUCUUUUAGGAAAGCAUAUCAUUACCAAAGAUACAUGUACUGCCUAUUCUCAAGGUUUGGAUAAACUUGGGAUUCAAUUACCAGUUGACAAGGAUAAGUUGGCUCAAGUGCUAAAAAAGGGUAGUGUGGAUGAACAUCACCAUCGAUUGUAUUUGUAGUGUCCUGUGGAUUCAUUCAACCAACCAUCACUAUAUUUACUACGAUCUAUCCUCAUUCUCAUCUAGUAUAUUAAUAUUGAUAGUUUUGAUCAAUCUUCCUUCUCUCUCUCUCUCUCUCUCUCUCUCUCUAACUAUCUCGUAGUAUAACCCACACUCUUUAUCAUCAUAGCCAAUAAAAUCCGUUCCAACAUGUAUUUCUGUUUUUAGAUUUACUUAUCAUGUUCCUAGAAAAUCAUGUUCUUGCUUUCAAUAAAAUGAUGUCGUACUUCGAAAAAAACGACUUUUUUAGUUUC